GGACAACCCCCCCUGGCUGAGCCCCGUCUCCUGCGUGCAGCCCUGUGAGCAGCACCCACGGCGGGCACCCUGCGGCAGCGAGCCCCAAGAGCCUUAACAGCCUGGGGCAGCCGCUUUCCCUGCAUUUCGACUCAGCUUGGCAAGCAGAGGAAUGCCGCCCGCUGGCACCCACCCAAGCAGUGACCCGGCCCCGAAGGGGAUGCAGCCCAGCAGGUCACCGCUGCCGGAGCUGAAGCUCCGCAAACCCAUGCAGCGGGCCAGGAUCCCGGCGCCCUUCAUCAAUCCGGACCCCCCCAGCGCUGCCGUGCCAGACCCCGUGGAUGUGGACACCCUGGUGCCCACGCACGACGAGCGGGGCCGCGCCAUCCCCGAGUGGAAGCGGCAGGUGAUGGUGCGCCGGCUGCGCGCCCGGCUGGCCGAUGAGGUGGAGGUGUGCGACCAGGAGCCGGGUGCCUGGCGCUUCUCACCAUCCCACGAGGCGGUGCUGGGCCCCUUCGGGGAGCUGCUGACAGAGGGGGACCUGCAGCAGCUGGAGUGGGCGGUGGAGAGCCUGCGGCUGCGGCGGCGCGGCGAGGCCUACCAAGGCGAGCUGCAGCGCCUGGCGCAGGAGCUGCGCGCCCUCCUGCCCUCCCCGUUGCUCAGCAUCACCGUCCACAGCCCCCCGCCUGCCCCGGGGCAGCCCCUGCCCCUCUGGUGCGGCCGCCUGGCUGGCGUGGUGGGCAGCCUGGCUACGCUGUUGGCCAACGCUGAGGGGGCCCGCGCCACCCCCGCGCCCACCCCGCUGCCUGCCCCGCUGCCCGGAGCCUCCCGGACGCCGGCAGGCAGCCUGGCACAGCGGGAGAUCCGGCAGUGUGGGGUGAGCGUCCGCAGCCUGCGCGGCGCCUUCGAGCACCCCGGUGGCAGCGGUGGGGAGAGUGAGCCCGCGGCGGUGGAGGCCGCCAGCGACUCGGGGAUCAGCUGCGAGGAAGCGCUCUCGGAUGGCAGCGGGUCGCCGGUGCCGGAGUCAUCCGGCCUGCGCAAGGAGCGCAUCGUGCUGCUCUUCCUGAGCCACUGGAAGCGCUCGGCCGGCGGCCCCAACCCGUGGGCCACGGCCUGCCGGGCGCUGCAGGCCCAGCGGGACGCGGCGGGCGCUCCCAGGGCCGAGGAGGGGCUGAGCAGGGUGGGCCGCCUGUCGCGGCAGAGGAGCGCCAUCCAGCAGCUCCUGGGCAGCUGGAGGGACGCGGCUGCACACCCGCCGCCGCCACCACCUCCCAUCGGCGGCCCCCGCACCACCCUGUCCCCCGAGCAGUUCGUGCGGCGGGCGGACGGGACACCGGCCGACUAUGACAGCCUCACCCUAGACCUCUUCAUGCUGGGCUACUUCCGCCUCUUGGAGCAGGACCUGGCCCCUGAGGAGCGCCGGGGCCGGCACCUGCUCUGCUUUGAGGUGUUCGACCACCUGGGCCGGCAUGGCUGGGAGGCCGCGCGCGCCUUCCACCGCGCCGUCACUGACGAAAUCGCUGCUGGCCGGCGCAGCUGGAAGGACAGCUUCGAGGACAUCAAGGCGAGGUAUUUCGGUACCACCAAGGGCUCAGCCUGGCUGCCGGGGAUGGCCAGGGGGAGCCCCCCGCAGCCCGGUGCCCGCAGGCCAGCCACGGGCACCACCAGGAACGAGGAGAUCUGCAGGUGCAUCGACCGCAGCUUCGCCUUCUGGAAGGAGAAGGAGGCCGAGAUCUUCAGCUUUGAGGAGUGACACCUCCCACCACCCUGCUCCCCCCAGCAAUGCCUGUCUGCCCUCCCCAUUUGUGUAGGGCUUUUGUCCCGUGGGGGCUUAAAUAAAAGCGGUUCAGUUUUG